AUGUUAAAUCUCAAAUUCAAUAGAAUUUUCUUCUUGAUUUUAAUUACCUUGAGUUUAUGUGCUUUGAGUGGUGCUAGUAAACGUGAGAAAAGAACAAUUGGUACGAUUUUGAAUUUCUUUGGUUUUAAAAUUGUGCCUUUAAAUGAAGGAGAAAAAAGUCGAGGUCAGACGGAAAAGUAUCAAAAUUCAGAAGCAGCGACAAAAAAACCUAAAGCUUUGAGAUUAGAAACAGUGAUGCCAUUUUUAAAAGGCAUGAACAUAAAUGCAAAUAGUGUGGAGAAUGUGGACAAAGUUCAAGACUUAACAACUAAGCUUCCAAUUAAAAUUGAUGAAAUUUCAACAUCAAUGAAUGAGAAAAUAACGAGCACCACUGAAACACCUAAGAAGAUGAAAGAAGAAACAUUUACUGUCAGUGUUUUACCGAAAAUUUACAGUGAUCCAACAGCGAUUUCAAGAGAAGCGCCAGUAGCUGUCUCUAGACAAAUUGUUCCCAUGAGAAUUGUUGUACCAGAUGACAUGAUGAUGAUGAAGAAAGAUGAAAAGAAAAAUUUAAUACCAACAACGACUGAAUCAUUCUUCAAAAAUUUUGAGUUAAUUUCACCAAACAAUGAAAAUAAAAACGAAAAUUAUGAGAGUGAAAAUCAAAAUGAACUUCCGAAAGAAGGAAUUCCAUGUGAUCAUUCGUAUGACGAAUUUAAAAUUGACGUUCGUGAUUCAGACACGAAAAUUUCUUCACUACCCUUGAGUAACUUUCCGGAUCAAAGUUAUGAACACAAUUCAGACGACCAAUUAAAGGAUAAUGAUGUUUUUGAAUUUUUCCGUAGCAAUGAUGAAACGAAUAAAUUCUUUGGUGAUCAAUCAUCUUUUACAAUUUAUCCACCAUAUUUCAUGACGGAAAGAUCAUAUGAACCACCCCACCCACCUCCAGAAUUAGAUUCAAGAGUGUCAGCAUCAAGUACAUCAAUGUAUAUGAAUGGACGUGCAUACAAUUAUGUAACAUUGCACUAA